AUGAAAAACUUCGGUGGAUCUAAAAUGGGUCGCGGUUUUGAUGCGAAGAAGAAGUGGAAAAGCGAAAAGUUUGGAUACGGAGGAAAGAAAAAAGGCAGUAAACGAAACGACAAAGAGAGAUUGUCUUGGAGAGCUGCAAAUGAGAACUCGUCCACUCAAAAUAGUCCUGAAGAACGUGGCUUCUUCAUCAAUACCGAAUCUGUAGUUUUACUUGGAUUCCUUAUGAUUCUAAUAAUUGAACAGUUAGUUCACGUGUGCUCGAGCAACGGGUCAUCUUCAAAGACUUCACCGAGUCGCGGAGAUGCUCUACCUUCAUUGAGAUCACUCCUUGAAGGAGAUACCGAAGAUGGUCAGCCUCUAGUUGACACCACCCUCGAUGAUCACGAGGAUGGCAUGCAAGAUAUUGUUUUUCGCUCAGUGUUAUGUUGUGUCGCAUAUGGUGUGUCGAUGGCUCAACAGCAUACACCCGUGCGUGCCGCCUUACCAACUGUGUUGAUUCUGUCGGCCAGUAUCCCAGCAGGAAUGAUCACUGCUGUCGUGGUCGACCAAAUUCAUUCAAACUCACUCACGCUGCGGUUCGUUCUCGAAGGUCUGGCAGCUGGUACAUUUGUGUAUGUGUCAUGUGUGGAAAUGCUGAGUGUUGAGCUUGGUCACUCCCACGGACAUAGCCACAGUGGAAACGGCGCACAGCACAGUGCUCAUGGACAUCAGGCAUCACCUUUUCAAGGCUUGACGAAAGCAGCUGCAGUGGUUUUUGGUGUGCUUCUUUUCUGGGGCUUGAAAUUUGCUCGCGGUGGACAUCAUUAG